AUGUGUCUUUUUGUUACGUUCUGCCAGGUCAAAUGUGUGGUAUUAAAUGAACCUUCCACACAGCCGCUAUUUAAUCUGACCGGGGCUCAAUAUCAGGGCUUCCUUAGCUACUUCAAUAGGAAUUCAAGAAAUGGACAAAUAGCAAAACGGGAGCUGUGGGCAAUUUUGACAAAAAGAGGCUUCAAACCUACCAAUGACGAACUUCAGGAAAUGAUAGAUGCUAUAAGUGUUGAAAGUUCCGGUAUCAGUUUCCAAGCCUUCGUUGAUUACUGUUCCGGUUAUACCAGUCUACGGAAAGAAGAGGAAGAGUAUCUGGAGGCGUUCCGGGUUCUGGACAGCAGCGGCACGGGGCGCCUCAGCAAGGACGAUAUCAAAUACGUCGCUAGCAAACUGGGCAUAGUCGGCUUUGACGCGGAUGACGUCAUGGCAAAGAUAGAUACGAAACAAGACGGUGUCAUUGAUUAUGAAGAAUUCGUCCAAAUGAUGAAGACAACGACAUCUACUCAGAAGAAACCGUCUACUGAACCAGGCUGGGGCACUCCCCACCUUGUCUAGGUCUACGAAGUCAUAAAG